AUGGCUGAGUUCCCCAAGCACCCCUUCCUGCUCUCCGUCGUCGAGACGGCCGACGCCCUCUCCACCGAUGUCGACAAGGGCCUCACCUCGGCGCAGGUCGCCCAGAUGCAAGAAAAAUAUCCCAAAAAUGAGCUCGACGUUGGCGACGGCAUCGCCUGGUACAAGAUCCUGACCAAGCAGAUCCUCAACGCCAUGAUUAUUGUCCUUACCUUUGCCAUGGGUCUUAGCUUUGGCAUCGGAGAUUAUAUUGAGGGCGGUGUUCUUGCUUUUGUCAUUGUCCUCAACGUCACCAUCGGUUUCUGGCAGGAGUACCGCGCCGAAAAGCGCAUGGAUGCUCUUCGCGCCCUUUCCUCCCCCAGUGCCAUGGUUCUCCGCGAUGGCAAGACUCAGGUCAUUUCCAACCCCGACGUCGUACCUGGCGACAUCAUCUUCCUCAAAAUGGGCGACACCGUACCCGCCGAUCUCCGCCUCUUUGAAGCCAUGAAUUUGGCCUGUGAAGAGGGCCAGCUCACCGGCGAAUCGAUCCCCGUCGAGAAGAUUGUCGAGAACAAUGUCACCAACCCCGGAUCCGAAAAGCUAGCCACCUCUGAGCAGGAGGUUGGCAUCGGUGAUCGUGUCAACAUGGCCUACGCCACCACCGUCGUCCGAAAGGGCCGCGGUCGUGGCAUCGUCACGGCUACUGGCAUGUCCACCGAGGUCGGCAAGAUUGCCGCCUCCACCUCCAAAAAGCAGCGCAAGGCCGGCCGCUCCAUGAACUGGCGCAAGUAUGGCAAGCGCCAGCCUGUUGUUGGCCUGGCUAAGCGCACCUACGAUGUUUUUGGCAAGUUCUUGGGCUUGACCGAGGGUACUCCUCUCCAGCGAAAGCUUUCAGCUCUUGCCUACAUUCUCUUUGGCUGUGCCAUUAUCCUCGCCAUGGUCGUCUUUGGCGUCAACCACUUCAACCUGCGCAACGAAGUCGUCAUUUACGCAAUUUCUCUUGGUAUUGCCAUCAUUCCCGAAUCUCUUGUCGCCGUACUUACAAUCACCAUGGUCGUCGCUGUUACCGUCAUGCGCAAGGCCAACGUCGUCGUUCGUGACCUCUCUGCUCUAGAAGCUCUAGGUGGUGUCACCAACAUUUGCUCUGACAAGACUGGUACCCUUACGGAGGGUGCUAUGAUUGUCCGCAAGGCCUGGAUUCCCAGCAGCCACAUCUACACUGUCCACGAUUCGCAGAACCCCAAUGACCCGACCAAGGGUCGUGUCACAUACGCUCUCAACAAGGACGAGCCUGCCACCGAGGCUCCUAAGCGAGACUACGAUCACGAGCGCAGUGCUGCUGUUCUCAAAUUUGAUGUUCCCGACGAGAAACUUAACCCCAAGAACGAGACUGACCCUGCCCCAGCCGAGUCGCCUGUCGAAAUGACGGAUGAGCUCAAGGCAUUCUUACUCUCCUCAUCUCUGUGCAACCUGGCUACCGUUCGCUUCGACAAGGAGGAAGAAAAGUGGCAAACGACGGGUGAGCCCACCGAGAUUGCCCUUCAGGUGUUUGCCCAUCGCUUUAGCCUCGGAAAGAAAUCACUGGAGGGCAAGGGCUGGAAGCAGCUUGCCGAGUUCCCCUUUGACAGUUCCAUCAAGCGCAUGUCCGUCAUAUAUGAUGCGCCCGACGGCGAGAAUGAGUCCAUUGUUGAGCCCUCCAACAGCCUCGUGUUUACAAAAGGAGCCGUCGAGCGCGUUCUGGAUCUUUGCUCACAUGUUGGCACUGGCGCUGACCAGCAGCCCGUCACCGACGAACUCAAGGAGUCCGUCCUCGAGCAAAUGAACAGCCUCGCCUCCCAAGGCCAGCGUGUUCUUGCUAUUGCGUACCGCGCAUGGGAUGGAAAGUUUACCGCAAAGCAGUCGUCCAGUCCUGCCGAAGAUGAGCAGCUCCGUGGUGAAGUGGAGCAGAAUCUCACUCUGCUUGGCCUUGCUGGUAUCUAUGAUCCCCCUCGUCGCGAGACCAAGGCUUCCAUUGGCGAGUGUUCUCAGGCCGGUAUCAAGGUACAUAUGCUCACUGGUGACCACCCCGAAACUGCCAAGGCCAUUGCCAAGGAAGUCGGCAUCAUCCCCAAGAACCUCGGUGUCUUGCCCGACAAGGUUGCUACUUCCAUUGUGCAAAAGGCGACCGACUUUGAUAAGAUGUCGGAUGCCGAAAUUGACGCACUCGAGGAGCUUCCUCUGGUUAUCGCUCGCUGUGCCCCAGACACCAAGACUCGCAUGAUCGAGGCUCUGCGUCGCCGUGGUGCCUUCAUGGCCAUGACAGGUGACGGCGUCAACGAUGCCCCUUCACUGUCGCGUGCUGAUGUUGGCAUCGCCAUGGGUUCCGGCUCCGACGUCGCCAAGUCGGCUUCCAAGAUUGUGCUGACUGAUGACAAGUUCAACUCUAUUGUCUCGGCCGUUCGCGAAGGCCGUCGCAUGUUUGACAAUAUCCAAAAGUUUAUUCUGCACUUGCUCACAUCCAACGUCGGUGAGGUCAUUCUCCUUGUUGCCGGCCUUGGAUUUGUCGACAAGGAUGGCUUCUCGGUCUUUCCCAUUUCCCCUCUGCACAUUAUCUGGAUCAACAUGGUAACUUCAUCGUUCCCCGCCUUUGGUCUCGGUCGUGAACCGGCUGCCCAGGAUGUCAUGCGCAAACCUCCGCAGGACAAGCGCCGCGGUGUCUUCACCAACCAGGUCAUUGUCGACAUGGUCAUCUAUGGCAUCAUGAUGGGUGCGUGCACCAUGUGCACAUUUGUAAUCAUCAUGUACGGCCGAUAUGGUGGCGACCUUGGUUCGAACUGCAACACGAAGUACACAGAAGCCUGCGAGCCUGUCUUCCGAGCUCGUGCUGCGACAUUUGCGGAGCUUACCUGGCUGAUUCUCAUCUCCGCUUGGGAGUUCAAGAGCCUUCGCCGGUCCAUGUUCCGACUCAACCCUGACGAUGACAGCAAGUUCCCCUUCUUCAAGGACGUCUACAGCAACCGUUUCCUUUUCUGGUCCGUCAUCAUUGGUGCACUGUCGGUCAUUCCUGUCGUGUACAUCCCUGAGCUGAACACCAAGUUCUUCAAACACGCGCCGAUUUCCUGGGAAUGGGCGUUGGCGGUCGGCUUCACGCUAGUUUUUGUAGCUGGUAUCGAGGGCUGGAAGUGUACGAAACGCCACUUCGGGCUGCUCCAAGAUCGUGCCGUCCAGCGCGGGGCUUGGGGCCAGGGAGGGCCUGAUGAGUCAGGAGUCAAGUUUCGCAAGACCAUGUCCAUGUCGAGUUUUAAGACAUGGGCGUCCUUUUCGCGCAAAGACACGGGUGACACGUUGUCAAAGAGCAACACACAAGUGUCUGGAGCGAAGCACUCUAGCGCGGUUUAG